CACUCUAGAUUUCUCACAAAAAUUAAACUCGAAAUUCAAAGAUACUUCUUCAAGCUUAUUCAACAAUGGUGGAUUGCCUUUUUAAUAUGAUUUCACCAUCUAAAUCUUAUAAAAUCAGUACCUUAUCACGAUUUGAGCUCACACACAACAACAACAACCAAAAAAAAAUAAAAAAUCGAAGUGAUAGAAUUGUUAAUUGAUAAAUUAGCCACACAUAUAGAGAAGAAACCAAGUGGCAGAUAUUCUAAGCAAAACAAUUAUAAUUUAUACAUAUUCUAGACAUAUUACCUAACUAUAAAAGGCCAGAGACUCAUGCAAUGAUGAACCACACUUCUUAAUAUAACUUUGUGAUAUAUCAUCGAAGAGAGAUGAGUCUUGAAGGAAAGUUGGUUUCGGAGAUAACUAUCAAGUCUUGUGGAGAUGUGUUCCAUGAGAUCUUUAGGCAUAGACCACAUCACAUCUCAACCAUGUGUCCUGAUAAAGUACAGAAUGUGGACAUUCAUGAAGGUGACUGGGGAACUGUUGGUUCUAUCAUUUUCUGGAAUUUCACCCAUGAUGGGAAAGAGAAGGUGGCAAAGGAGAUAAUUGAAGCCAUAGAUGAGGAAAAGAAGCUGGUUAGAUUCAAGGUGAUUGGUGGAGAUAUAUUGGAUGCAUACAAAUCAUUUUGUCUCACUGUUCAUGUUGAGACCAAAGGUGUAAACAACUUAGUUACUUGGAUCUUGGAAUAUGAAAAGAAGCAUAACAAUGUGCCUGAUCCACAUAGUUUGAUGGAAUUCUGCCUCAAUGUCACCAAAGAUAUUGAGACUCACCACAUCAAGUGAUUACAUAAAUAUUACUACUACAUAUCUGUACCUAAUAGUUGUAAUAAUAUGUGAUAAAUGGUUGUGCUUGCAAGUGUCUACUAUAUGUAGAAAAAUAAGAAAAAGACGAAGAAAAUGAGCGAAUAUGUAUUUUCUAAUUUCGUUGUGCUUUGGACAACAGUUUGUAUAUCCCUGUUGAAAAUAUUAAGGCUGUGCUUAAUG